AUGGGAGGAGCCAGCUGUCUGGCAAAACCCACUGUGCCCAUCAGUACAAAUGAAGAUGAGAUCACUGUAAAAACCAAGAGCAUCUUUCAAACUAAUGAGAACUCCUUUAAGCUGAGAGAAGAAUUUGAGGAAACUAUACUAGGUGGCUAGAAAACCAAGAAUACAGUGACCUUAGAUAAUGACUCCUUGAUUCAGGUUCAGGACUGGGCUGGCAGGGAGACCCCCAGAAGAAGAAAGUUAGCGGAUGGGAAAAUGGCGAUGGAAAGUGCAAAGUGCCAUGAACAAUGUUACCUGCACUGGGACACAUGA